AUUCAGCAGGACGGCUAAGCUUCUUCCCAAAUAUCUACUCUACACACAAGAAUACAAAAAUGGGACAAGAGAAAAUAAUGCAUACGAUAAUUGAAGUGUACUCGUGGCACAAAACGAGUCCACUGCACUAAGAAUCUGCCAUUUAAAUUUUUUGUAGCAGGGGAGAAAUUGCCGGGUUUAAAGGGUUCUCGGCUGCUGAAUAAAUCAUCCUUGUAAAAUCUGGAGUUUGUGUGAAAGAUGGCAACUAUGGCUGUGGGGCUGUUUGCAUUGAAUCCAACAGCCGUUGUUAAUGGCCAAGGGAGUUCCAGUUUGUGCAAAAAGUUUUGUGGCCAGCAAUUGGUUCCUUCAAGUAGUUUUACUUCAGCGGCUAGGUCAUCCCAGUCCAUAGUAGUGAGGGCAUCCUUGGAGGGAGGGAAAUAUGAAAGCAAGAGGGCAUUUUUGAGAGGUUUCUUGGGAUCAGUAGGAGUUGGUUUACCAUUGUUAAGUACCCAGAAGGCGCGAGCAGAGGAUCAAGCAGUGACAUCCUCAAGAAUGUCUUACUCAAGGUUCUUGGAAUACUUGGACAAGGAUAGGGUGAAGAAAGUGGAUUUGUUUGAGAAUGGAACAAUUGCGAUUGUUGAGGCAGUCUCUCCUGAACUGGGAAAUAGGAUCCAGAGAGUGAGAGUGCAGCUUCCAGGGCUCAGCCAGGAGCUUCUACAAAAGUUUAGAGCAAAGAAUAUUGAUUUUGCUGCACAUAAUGCUCAAGAGGAUUCAGGAUCCGUGCUAUUGAAUCUGAUUGGAAAUUUAGCAUUUCCUCUACUCCUUGUUGGAGGCCUUUUCCUUUUAUCAAGGAGAUCUUCAGGUGGAAUGGGAGGCCCUGGGGGUCCUGGCUUUCCCCUUUCCUUUGGGCAAUCCAAAGCAAAAUUCCAGAUGGAACCAAACACAGGUGUUACAUUUGAUGAUGUUGCAGGAGUUGAUGAGGCAAAGCAAGAUUUUAUGGAAGUGGUAGAAUUUCUGAAGAAACCAGAAAGGUUUACUGCGAUUGGAGCCCGUAUACCUAAAGGAGUUCUUCUGAUUGGUCCUCCAGGAACCGGAAAGACUUUGCUAGCUAAGGCCAUUGCAGGGGAGGCUGGUGUCCCUUUCUUCUCUAUUUCAGGGUCUGAGUUUGUGGAGAUGUUCGUAGGUGUUGGAGCAUCCAGAGUGCGUGACCUAUUCAAAAAGGCCAAAGAGAAUGCCCCAUGCAUUGUGUUUGUGGAUGAAAUCGAUGCAGUCGGCAGGCAAAGAGGAACAGGAAUAGGUGGUGGAAAUGAUGAGCGAGAACAGACACUGAAUCAGCUAUUGACUGAAAUGGAUGGUUUUGAAGGGAAUACUGGUAUCAUUGUGAUUGCUGCAACAAACAGGGCUGAUAUACUUGAUUCUGCUUUGUUGCGGCCAGGACGGUUUGAUCGACAGGUAAUGGUAGAUGUACCAGAUGUGAAAGGGAGAACAGAUAUUUUGAAGGUGCAUGGCUCCAAUAAGAAGUUUGAUAGUGAUGUCUCACUUGAGGUCGUUGCAAUGAGAACCCCAGGCUUCAGUGGAGCAGAUCUUGCUAAUCUCUUAAAUGAAGCUGCUAUUCUAGCUGGUCGGCGUGGAAAGGCAGGAAUUUCUGCCAAGGAGAUUGAUGACUCAAUUGACAGAAUUGUGGCUGGAAUGGAGGGGACAAUAAUGACAGAUGGGAAGGGUAAAAGUCUUGUUGCAUACCAUGAAGUUGGUCAUGCCAUUUGUGGUACAUUGACACCAGGGCAUGAUCCUGUGCAAAAGGUCACAUUGGUACCACGCGGCCAAGCACGGGGUCUUACAUGGUUUAUACCUGGGGAAGAUCCAACCUUAGUCUCAAGGCAACAAAUAUUUGCCAGAAUAGUUGGUGGCCUGGGUGGAAGAGCUGCCGAGGAAGUGAUUUUUGGUGAGCCUGAGGUAACAACUGGGGCAGCUAGUGACUUGCAGAUGGUUACUAGUAUGGCAAAACAGAUGGUGACUGUGUUUGGGAUGUCUGAGAUUGGGCCAUGGUCACUUAUGGAUUCUUCAGCCCAGAGUGGUGAUGUUAUCAUGAGAAUGAUGGCAAGGAAUUCUAUGUCUGAAAAGCUUGCAGAAGAUAUAGAUGCAGCUAUCAAGGCUCUGUCUGACAAAGCUUAUGAGGUCGCACUGGAUCACAUUCGGAACAAUCGCGCAGCAAUUGACAAGAUCGUAGAGGUCCUUUUGGAAAAGGAGACAAUGACAGGUGAAGAAUUUCGGGCCAUUCUUGCUGAGUAUGCAGAGAUCCCCAUCCAGAACAGGCUUCCUGCAGCAUCACCAGUGAGUGUCUGAAGUUUGGAUAUACAGUGCUGAUUGCACUAUUGUAUAUGCUAAUUUAAUGCAAUUAAUAUAAAGCAUUUUUAUUUUCAAAAUUAGUGGGAUACAAUGCUGUAGUUUACCUUCACAGAACUCUUGGCAAUAGUUGACAUUGUAUUGUGCCUAAUCAAUUAAAGCAGGCACCAGUGAUACAAAAUCUUAGAUAAAUCAAUAUUUUUCUGAUUCAUCAUGA